AUGGAGAUUGUUGCUCUCCCUCAGCGGCAUGAUUGCGCGACCACGAGACGAGUCAGGAUUUUGAGCGCGUCCUCUUCUUCACGGCUCUCAAGCUUCUGCUGCAGCAGGGAAUUCAGACACUCCACUGCCUCGGCGUUACCCACGAGAUUUUUGAAUAAAGGGGAGGUGAAGGAAGGAGACGAAGAAGAUGAAUCUCAUCCGGCAGCAGCUGGUCUGCCUCUUCGACGGUGGCCAAGAUCUCUUCAGCUAGAGUAG